AUGGUCUCGACUGAUGGUAAAGCAACAAUUUUAAACUAUGUCAGGAAUUGCUUUGCAUCUGGAGAUGAUUCGGGAUUUUGCGAAAAAUUAACUAACAAAGUUAAAAAUGUCACAGAUGAAGAAAUUGAGAGCAUUUUAAGUGGACAGUAUUUUAACGAAGUUGUAAACACGGACUCCGAUGAUUUUUAUAGGCAUUCUCCAGAAUAUGCCUUUGUACCUUGUGAAGAUCCGUUAAGCGCGUUUUAUUCCUCCACUAAUAACUUUGAGAAUUCUCAGCAGUCGUCUCUUUCACAUAAAAGGAAUGCAUCCAAUAUUCGACAGCUUUCCGCUGAGGAAGUGGACACGUAUUUUCCAUCAAAACCGAUAGUCCGCACAAACAAACCCGAUACAGCAAUAAAAUCUGAAAAAUCUGGGUUGACAUUGGCACUAGAACAAGCUAAGCUUAGUGGACAUUUAAAAAGAAAUAAACUAUUCUCUGAUUUUGCUAUCUACGAUGCUCGGUCAACACUUAGUACAAAUCAGCAUGUUCCAGAUGGCUGCUUUCCCAAUGCAAAUGUAGAUCCUUCUCUGCGUCAGUUCAAUGUUUGGCUCUGGAGGCUUAGUGGCUUCCCGCGCACGUCAAUUAAAGUACAACCUCGACUGGGUACUACAGUGCAACAGUUUAUGGGGCUCACAUUAUGGCAGUAUUUUAAUGAGUUUUCAACAUCUGAUGGUGAUUCUACACUUGCGUCAUCUCAGUUAGAUGAUUUAGACGAAUCAUUUUUAAACCGUCUGGCUUUAUACAUGUUUGAUACACUGGAUGAUGAAUAUGACGAUAGUGAAGAUGUAGAUUCAGAAUUUCCACCGCUUGAAUUGAAUGAUCCAAUCCAUAAAUAUGAAUUUAAGUCAUUUGCUCUAGUUGAACGAGUUGAAACACCAUUGGAAGAGGCAUCAAAGAAAGAAAUUUCGCAUGUUUUAGUCACAAUACAUAUGGCUCAAGGUAUGAGUGUACUCCGAUUCCCAUCGGAUACAUGUCUAAGCACAGUGUUAGAACGUGCUGUAUAUCGUCGUCGUCUACGCCAGCAUGGUGGUUAUGCUUAUCGAUUGGAACUUUGGCCACGAAACACAGACCAACAGAACAACAAUACAAAAAGCAAUAAUUCUCUAUUGAAUAAAAAUUCGCAGUUAGAUUUAAGUAAACCAUUAAGUUAUUUUAUUGCUGCUGGUUUACCGUUGCAUUUUCUUCUUGUUCGUGAAAGUAGUCGGUGUGAUACAGCUCUUUCAGACCAAAACGAUGAUAUUGAAGCAACAAAGCCAUUAGAAUCGAUAUUAGCGUUAGAUACAACAUUAGAACCAGUUCAUACAGCUUUACAUUUAAGACAAUAUCAGGUGACUUAUUUAAAAGGUCUUUUUCCACCUGAAGUUCAGUUAAAUAUUUCAUCAAAUGAAUUAAAAAUUGAACAAAAACGUCCAAAAUUAUUUUCUAAAUUAAUGAAACCAAUGAUUUUACAAAUUAAUACAAUUGCUGAUUGUGAAUUAAUCACUACGGGAUAUUCAACAAAUGAAUUCAUGGAUAAAUCAUCUAUUACAAACCAUAAUCAUAAUAAUAAUGAUAAUAAUAAUUUAUGCCCAGAUUAUGUAAUGGGGGGGAGUCAUCAUAAAACAUCAACUAAACAUUAUGUAACAACUGAACAAUCAUCAAAAUCAUUUCUAUCACAUAAAACACAAUUUAGAAUAGUUUAUAUUCCUAAUUUUGAUUUACAUUCCGAUUGGAUAACUUCACAAUUGACCACUUCUAUUGGUUGUGGUGGUGGUGGACGAACAACUUCUACUAAUGGUCAACAACAACAACCUCAUAUUCCUCUUCCACCAUCUUCUACAUCAACGAUUGUACCUUGUUUUGGACAAGAUUUACCUGAGGUCACAAAUACUAACAUAUUCAAUAGUAUCGAUGCCAAUUGUAAUACUAAUAUGACUAUGAAUAUAAAUACAACUACCUCGAGUAUAUCAACUACUAAUAUUACUACUUCUACUUCUACUACUGUUAUCAAUAACAGUAGUAGUAAUAAUAAUAAUAGUUUGUUUCAACAAUUAUGCUUUGAAACACAAUGGUCACGAGCUAGAGCUAUAUGUGAUCAAUUGAAUAUUAUUUUAGAAGUAUGUCAAAGUCAAUCACGUCAAUUGUAUAUGAAACAAAGAUCCAUUCAUGGAUCCAUUCAUAAGUGA